AUGUCUGCCGAGAGCAUGAGCUGCCCCAGCCGAAACAUCCCCCCAGAGCCAAAACCUGCCUUCUUCAACCUGCUUUGCUUUGCUCUUCCCGGCUGCCAUCGUGGACCUUUUAUCUCGCAGUCUCCCCCCUCGCGUGGUGUCCUUGUGCUCUCAGAGUCGGAUCUCCACUGGAGGAUUGGCCUGCCACGACAUCGCUGCGUCGACAUCCGGGGCUGUGCUGGACCCCAAGCGUCGAUCGAUCGAGCCGAGUCGAGGCAAAACAGAGUUAAAUCGCCAUCACAGGCGAGCAGCUCAGCAGCAGCAUCGUUCGCUGCCGGCGUCAAUUACGGACUGCUGAAAGCUUGUUUGGGGCUUCAUCAGACGCCUUUCCUGCUGCGGAUGUCUAAUGCUGGUGGCGCUGCUAAGCAAGGCUUAAAAGCGUAUGUGGCCACACCGCAUCGCGCCGUAACUUUGGUGCUCGUCGCGGUCGCUGCCGAAGCAGUGGAUGGCAAGGGAAAGAUAAAAUAA